GCUCUUGGCUCGUCGUCUCGUCGGAGCUGCCUGAAGGCUGCGCAGCCCUCGCGGGCGGCACGGAUCCAGCCCUGCAUCCAGCCCUGCAUCCAGCCAUCCAGCCCCGAAUCCAACCAUCCAGCCCCGCAUCCAACCCCGCAUCCAACCCCGCAUCCAGCCCCGAAUCCAGCCUCGCAUCCAACCCCGCAUCCAGCCCCGCAUCCAGCCCCCAUCCAACCCCGCAUCCAGUCCCAUAUCCAGCCCCACAUCCAAGUGAUGGAGAUGCUCCCAGCUGUAGCACACUCUCCUCUGCCAAAUUAACACGGUCUUGGCUUUGUCGCGUCUCUUGGAAAAUGAAUCUUGGGUUGUGCGUGCCGUGAUUUAAAUAUAAUUAUAGGUUUCGAGCGACGUUUCGUUUCCUCUUUUCUGGGAUGGAGAUUUCUUCUCACCAGUUUCACCUCUUGCAGCAACUGAAUGAGCAGCGCAGGCAGGACUUGUUCUGUGACUGCAACAUCCUGGUGGAGGGGAAGGUCUUCAAAGCCCAUCGCAAUGUGCUGUUUGCCAGCAGCGGCUACUUCAAGAUGCUCCUUUCACAGAGCUCGAAGGAGACGAGUCAGUCCACGACAGCCACCUUCCAGGCCUUUUCUCCUGACACCUUCACAGUCAUCCUGGAUUUUGUGUAUUCGGGCAAACUGUCUCUCACUGGUCAGAAUGUGAUCGAGGUGAUGUCAGCUGCCAGCUACCUGCAGAUGACCGACGUCAUCAGCGUGUGUAAAACCUUCAUAAAGUCCUCUCUGGACAUCAGUGAGAAGGAGAAGGAUCGUUACUUCAGCCUCUCGGACAAAGAUGUGAGCUCCAACGGCGUGGACCGGUCCUGCGUGUACAGCGGGGGCUGGAGGGCCGAGAGCAGCCCCCCCCAUUCCCACUCCAGCCCAGACCCCGGGACUUGUAUGAUGGGCGGAAACACUUGGAGCAACUUCAACUACUACCCGGCUUCUCAGCGGAACGCCCAGCAGCAGCUGUCCAAACACGAGCAGCGGCAGGAUUCCAUCAAGAAAUCCCGGCACCCGGGGCUGCAGCAGCCCUCUGACAUCCCCCACUACAAAUCCAGCAAGCUGGAGGACAGGGCUGCCGAGCCCGCCGGCCCCCCCGCGCCGCCCGAGGAGCAGCUUCACAUCGACACCGAGGUUGAGACUCCUCACGUGGGCUACCAGUACGGCCAGGGGGCCGAGGGGGUGCCCAGGGGCUUGGCUGUGUCCCAGCAGGAGCACGAGUCGCCCCGUCCCUCUGGCAAAUCCAAGUCGUCCAAGGCUGAGGAGCAGUACGGGAACAUGCCCUCCAUCCUCGGGGUCAUGGGGAGCUGGGCUGAAGACGACCUGGCCAGGAUGAGGUUCAAGUGCCCGUUCUGCAGCCACGUGGUGAAAAGAAAAGCUGACCUGAAGCGUCACCUUCGCUGUCACACAGGAGAGCGCCCGUACCCCUGUGAGGCCUGUGGGAAGAGGUUCAGCAGGCUGGAUCACCUCAGCAGCCAUUUUCGAACAAUCCACCAGGCGUGCAAGCCCAUCUGCAGGAAGUGCAAGCGGCACGUGACGGAGCUGACGGGGCAGGUGGUGCAGGAGGGCACGCGGCGGUACAGACUGUGCAACGAGUGCCUGGCCGAGGCCGGCAUCGACAGCAUCCGCAUCGACCUGGAGGCUGAGGCGCCCCUGGAGUUCCCACAGGACGGGGACAAGGACUCCAGGUGGCACUACGGCGAGGACAACAGGUCUGACGUGGAGAUAGUGGAGGACGGCUCGACCGACCUGGUCAUCCAGCAGGUCGACGACAGCGAGGACGAGGCGGACGAGAAGGACGUGAAGCCAAACAUUAGGUAGCUGCGGGAGGAGGAUCGGGAAUCCCUCGGAAGGGGGAGGAUGUCCUGGCCACACAGGCCCUCCACCAGCUGUUGUUGAUCCUACAGAGACUCGGGGUUGAACAGGUCCAGACUUGCAUGUAUUUAUGGACGCGCCGCUGAGUCCGGUCUGGUCGGUUCUCAGAACCCCCAAUCCUUUGCUUGGUGAGGAAGAAUCCAUCCUCAAACAGUGGAUGAACGAGGAAACCGCAGGAUUCCACGGAUAACUGUUCAUAGCAGACAGUCUCAAAGCCUCCUUCAAGGGAGUGGGGUCUAAAUAUUUAAAAAUAGUCGCAGAGUGUUGUAAAUUGCCCACUUUUUACGCUUGUAGGGGUGUGGGGUUUAUGUCAUGGGGUGAUAAACAAAGUGUAAUGACUCCCCUCAUGCCAGACAACCUCCCUUCACUGUUCAGAAGGGAAGAGAAUCUUCCAUGAAAUUCCAUGAAUUCUUCCUGUUAUGAUAAGGAAAAAGGCAGCUAAUUAAGGGAGAGCCUGUAAAAUGUUUUGGCACUUUUGUCUGGAAAGGGACUCCUGUAAAAUUUAUUAGAACGAGGCAAAUCUUCAGCAGAUCACUCACUCAAGACCUGUUUCUUUACAAGAAAAUCAGCACAUGAAUGCUAGUCCCAGUCAACACAUCAGAGACAAAUUAAUUAUGAAUAUGGAUCAUUAAUUGAUGCCAGCAGAUGUUUGGUUCUCAAAAUUGGGACCUCAGAUGUUUUAAUAAGCACUAAUAAAACACUCUCUUUUGCUAAGAAACCUCUCAAAAGUGCCAGACAGGGUGGGGUUGUUGGGGCUCAUCCAUGCAGGGCCAGCAGUUGGACUUGGCUGCUCCUUGUGGGUCCCUCCCAGCUCGGGAUGUUCCAUCCUGUGAGCCCUCUCCAGUCUGGACAAGAUGAGAACAAGAUGUACUGGGAGUUCUAGAAACGUCAUAUUUGUGUGAUUUCACCUACAACUGGGCUACAGGAGGUCGGGGAUGAUGAAGAAAUGUGACUUCUCUAACAAAACAAGCCCCUUUGUUGUGUUGCUCGGUGAGUUUAUCUCACCCAGCACCUGUAAACAGGAGGGGAGCAGAAGAUGCUCCCAGGGUGCUGCCACUCUGCAUUUUUUUUUUGGACAGACCUGAGUGUUAUUCCAGUUCUUCAUGGAACUCAAUGGCUGUAAGACUUAAAAAACUCUGAUUUGUUCUCUUUUUUUACAGUUUUGUAAGCAUGGUUGGCUGAACCCCGGGGUUUAUUACAGAACAACCCCAUAUAUAUAUAUAUAUACACUAUAUAAUCUUCCCCAGGGACAGCUGGAAAAAAAAAUUCAAUAUUUUAUUUUUAUUCAUGUAAAAACUGUAUAACUUUAUCAGUCUCAUCAAGACCAGAGAUUUUUUUUUUUUUUAGUACCAUCAUUCCAGGCUGCAGGUGACCAGCCCAAGGUCUCUAAAAUGACAACACAAGUGCUUCCUGCUAAGUUCAGUGUAGGCACUAAGCACCCUCCCCUCAAACAUUCCAGGCUGAUGGGAAUUAUCCUGCUUGGAUGUCCCAAGGAAACAAGAAAUGGUAUUUUAUCACUCCUGCAAAAAUUACCAUCACUGGCUUAGGAUUUGGAAGGGAGAACUUACAAAGCUUCCUGAUGGCCACCAUGAAAACAUCUUUACAAACAAGAUUUAUGCUUGCCUCGAUUUUUAUUUGACCCUUGGGCAGCAGCCCAGGGAUGGACUGGAUGUGAAAACAGACAUUUAAUUUUCUUGGAGCUUUUUUUUUUUUUACUCCUGAAAUGCCUGUUAUUGAACAGCUGAGAAACAUUCCUGAGCAACCUGAACUAAAUCAAAGACAGAACAAGAAACACGGAGUGACUUGGAUUAAAUUCCAAGGUGUUUUCCCUUUACAUUAAACAGUGUGACAAUAAAUUCCAGGUACCGGUGCCUGCUGUCCCAGGAUACAAAGCGACUGGGAUUAGUCUGUGUGUGUUUGGGGUGGAUUAAAGGGAGGGGGAAAAUAAAGUGUCUCUCUAGGCCUUGAAAUCUUCACUGCCAACUGUAAAGGUCAGACUAUUAAAUGUUUCUUAAUAGUGGGGGUGUUUUUAGAGGCAUAGGGAUUUUGGGAUCAAUACUCAAUUCAAUUAGAUACCAUAAAUCUAAGAUGCUGCAGAUCCAGACCUGAAGGGGCUGUAAAUGGGCCAGUGGAACAGUCUGUCCAGAGGAAGACACUUUUUCCACACAGGCAGAUAAAUGGUUGAUCUGCCAGGCAAACAAGGGCUUUUACUGGUUUUAUACGUGGAUUUUAUUCUCAGUAGCAUAACUAGGUAUCUGUAGCCAUUUUUAAAGUCUCUUAUUAAGCUUGGAGUUUUGGCUCAAGACUGGGAUCCCCCACAGGUCAAUUAUGGUUUAUAUUUUUUUAAAAGUUACCAUUUUUUGCAUCUGUUGCCUUAAUUUUGGUUGUUGUUUCCUUAUUUUUGUACUGCAAGCCGAGAUAAACGUUAAGUGCCUUCUGUUUUCUACGUCCUUCAUUUCACAUAACCAGUCACACAUUUUAUUUUUCUAGAAAUGAAAGUAUUUGGUUUAUUUUUGCCUCCUGCCAUUGCCUGAUUGUCUUCUUCAUAUCCCUGGGAGGAUCAUGUUCCACUCAGCAGCAGAAUAACCUUUUUUCUUCUUUUCAAGGAGGAAAGUAAAGACCAUACAGGGAUGUUCCCACUGACUUUUAUUUUUUUCCUUGCUUUUCUUUCAUCUUCACGUCUCUUAGGGACAAGGUUUAGUGCUGGGCUUGAUCUUAAAGGUCUUUUCCAACCCAAACCAUUCUGUGAUUCUUUUUGCUUGGCUUGUGUUUAUUGUUGUGUUCACAAACCACAGUUAAGAAGUGUUAAGGCAGAAGUCAUCAUCAUCCUCUGAUUAGUGUCUCACCUCUAAUUGAUGUCUUGCCAUCCUUUCAAAGGCUGAAAUGCUGAGUUAAAACAUUCUCUUUGCCCCUUUUUCAGGUAUUUCUUACAUUUCUUACAAUUCUCCCUGCCACAUAAACCUAUGACUUGUGUCAUGCUUCAUCAGUUCUUUCACAUCAUCUCCCAUCCUUUUGUUUUCCAUUAAAUCACCUCAACACCUGUAUUUACUAUCCAAAAAAAGUCAUAUUUUAGUUAUUGUUGGUUGUAGGCAACACAUAUAGGAAUGAAAUAGAAGAACAAAUUCUCUAGUUCUGCCCAAAGGGUUGAGUUUUGCAGAAAAGGAUCUUCUAAUCCUCCAGACUUUUUCCAUUAGGUCCAAAUCUGCACCAACAUUAUGUCUGUGGAGCGAUGGGUAUAACUCUGAAAGCUACUGAGAAAACUUUAUAAUAGCAUUUAGUUAAAUAUUUUCUAUACUGUUUAACUUAAAACCCUUCCGUGUUGGGAGUCAGUGUAACCUUUCAUCCUGUGUAACUCGUGAAAUGCAGAGGGGUGGCUUAUUCGGUGCAUCAAGAAUUUUAAACACAGCAGGAACACAGGACAAGAGUUUUGGUGAACAAACUGGGAGGAGUGGCUGGAAAGAGCUUCCCCUGCCAGGGCUGAGCUGUUGGACU